UACUGUCCGGAGUCUGUGAGGACGAACUGUCACCACAAUUGUUACAACUUUAAAAGAAACAUAAAUGCGAGAUGAUUUGAUGGACGACGUGGAGCAGCAAGACUCGGAACCAAUUGCACCUUCAGUCAUUGACAGAUAUUACACACGAUGGUACCGAACCGAUCUGAAGGGGAAGGAGUGUGAAGACUACUGCAUCCUGCAACACUCAAACAGGAUAUGUGUCCUCACUCUCGCAGAGACUCACCCGGUUCUUCAAAACGGGCGAUCCAUCAAGACCAUCAACUACCAGAUCAGCAAUGGCUGCAGUCGGCUCAAUAACAGAGUGUCUGGAAAGUCCAAACGGGGCGGACAGUUCCUCACAGAUUUUGCACCAGUGUGCCGGAUAACAUGCACCGAUGACACCGAAUACACCGUUUACAGCUGCAUUAGGGGUCGUCUUCUCGAGGUCAACGAGAACAUUUUGGAGCGGCCGGCUCUCUUGCUGGAGAAGCCGUCCACCGAAGGAUACAUCGCCGUCAUCCUGCCGAAAUUUGAGGAAAGCAAGAGCAUCACGGAGAACCUGCUGUCCAGGGAGGAGUUUGAAAAGGUUGUCGCUAAAAGAAGCAGGAGCCAAUCGCCUGCAUCCUGACAGGAGCUAUCACCAUUGAAAGACUGCAAACAUGGAGGCACGAUAAACUCUGAAAUAACUGUGCCUUUUUUGGUUUUCCAGUGCUCACACUGUAUAGUGUUUAGUUGAACUGUUUUAGUUAUUUUCACAGGCCAGUGGUUUAAGAAAAAAUAGUUUAUUUUUUUCACUUUCUUUCGAUCAUGAAGCGAAUAAAUGGUCCAAAACUAUAGCUAUGAUUUCCUCAGGUGACACGGCUACAGCAUCCUUUACAGCUCUCCAUCAGUGUCUGCGCGUCACGUACCGUUGCCCACAUCAGUCGACACAUUUCGCAUCUCCUUGACUCUUAUGUUAUCAUCCUUCUUUUCCAUAAUGAUCCAUCAGGUGUUGACUGAACAAAACAGCCUCAGGGAUGAGGACAGAUUUACAUCCACACUACUUUACAAACGUUUGGCAACAUCUCAGAUUCACAACAGGCUCCUAUGUGAUAUAGGUUAUUACAGUGGUUCCACAAAUUCAGGAUACUGUUUAGCCCUUGAAUUCUGAAAAUAAAAUCUUGCACUUCGUUUUGUGUUUAAGCUUAAAACGUCAUUCAUGUGGUGGUGUGAGCGCAACAACGCAUCCUUAGUAGUGUGGAUCGAGAUCACGUUUCUAAAAGGGUCACAGCGCCCCCGUGAGGGCGAUAAGAUUUGGCAUGAUGCUAGCGUUCUUUCACCAACAUGGCACAGAGUCAGGAACAUGCAGACAGCAGAUAUAUCAAAUGAGACCACGUGUUCUGCAGAUCACGGACAGGAAGCAGCAAGGCGGCGGACAAUAUACAGUGUUGACGCUACAAGCUGGUGGUGACCAUGCACAGUGAGAUAUGGUGGUUAUUCACGUGGGGGGCUACAUGGUGUCAGUUACACAGCAACACAAACAAAACACCAAGUCCACACUUGUACGACUGGUGCGGCUUCAUAGCUAGAGUCAGGUGGGGGUGGUGCGCCGCACUGACGGAGGGUGUUCAUUGGCUGAUUGUCUCGUGGACUGUGGCGAGUCUCCUCUGAGGGAGCAGCUGUCUGACAUCCUGCUCUGGUGGUGGCUACAUGGCGGUUCGGGAGGUGUUUCCUGGAUC